ACACACCCACGUAGGUUGUUGGGCUGGAGAGAAUUCGCGACGAUGGCGACGACGACUCGGUGCAGGAGAGGGACGCAGUGAAGCUGGCCUCGGCUCUGAUAUGACUCAUGUGUAUCUGUUCGAGGUUUAUUUGCUGCUUGAUAUUUGCACAGGCUUCGGAUGACUCUUUUGGCUUUCCACUUCUCAUCCCUGGUUUCUCUGAUUUCUACACCUUACUUGUGAGAGUUUACAAACAGGAUUAUAAGGACUGCUCGACGUCACUGCUCGUCCGUGGCUGGCCCAGGCCGGAGUUCCUUGUUUGGUGACCCACACUCCUUCACAGGGGCCAUGGAGGAGGAGGGGCUGCAGAGCUUGGAGUGUAUCCAGGCCAAUCAAAUUUUCCCGAAGAAGUCCCCGGUCUUGGAGGAGGAGAACAUGCAGGUGCCCUUUCCUGAGCUGCACGGGGAGUUUACAGAGUACGUGGGGAGAGCAGAGGACGCCAUCAUUGCAACAUCCAACUACCGUCUACACAUCAAGUUCAAAGAAUCUGUUGUCAAUGUUCCUCUUCAGCUCAUCGAAUGUGUGGAGUGUCGCGAUAUGUUCCAGCUACAUGUCACCUGUAAGGACUGCAAAGUCAUCAGGUGUCAGUUCUCCACCUUCGAGCAGUGUCAGGAAUGGCUGAAACGCCUGAACAGCGUGGUGCGCCCUCCGUCUCGUCUGGAGGACCUCUUCUCCUUUGCGUUCCAUGCCUGGUGCAUGGAUGUGUACGCCGGUGAGAAGGAGCAGCACGGGGAGCUGUGCAGACCAGGGGAACACGUGACCUCCUGGUUCAAGAACGAGGUGGAGAGGAUGGGCUUUGACACUCAGAACGCCUGGAGGAUAUCUGACAUCAACAGCAAGUUCAGACUCUGUCCCAGCUAUCCUCAGCAGCUCCUGGUGCCAGCUUGGAUCACAGACAAGGAGCUGGAAAACGUGGCCGCCUUUCGCUCAUGGAAGAGGUUUCCUGCUGUGGUUUAUAGGCAACAGACCACUGGAGCUGUAAUCGCCCGCUGCGGCCAGCCAGAGGUCAGCUGGUGGGGCUGGAGGAACGCUGACGACGAGCACCUGGUCCAGUCCAUUGCCAAGGCCUGUGCAGUAGACAGCAGCUCUCGUAAGCACCUUUCCAAUGGAGGCUACACCAACGGCUCUGACCUGCCUGACACAGAUUUUGAAUCCUCCAUGACCCACAGCUCAGAGGUGGAGACUUUGGCUAUCCAACCCCAUAAGUUACUGAUCUUAGACGCCCGGUCCUAUGCUGCUGCUGUAGCUAACAGGGCCAAAGGGGGAGGCUGUGAAUGCCCAGAGUAUUAUCCCAACUGUGAGGUGGUGUUUAUGGGCAUGGCUAACAUCCACUCCAUCCGCAAGAGUUUCCAAUCUCUGCGGUUCCUCUGCACUCAGAUGCCUGACCCAGCCAACUGGCUCUCUGCUCUGGAGAGCACCAAGUGGCUGCAGCAUCUUUCUUUGCUGCUGAAGGCAGCGCUGCUGGUGGUGAAUGCUGUGGACAGAGACCACAGGCCUGUCCUGGUGCACUGCUCUGAUGGUUGGGACCGCACACCUCAGAUAGUCGCUUUAUCUAAGCUGCUGCUGGACCCAUACUACCGCACUAUUGAGGGCUUCCAAGUUUUAGUGGAGACGGAGUGGCUGGACUUUGGCCACAAAUUCGCUGACCGAUGCGGUCACGGGGAAAACUCUGAGGACCUGAAUGAACGCUGCCCGGUUUUCUUGCAGUGGCUGGACUGUGUGCACCAGCUGCAGAGGCAGUUCCCUUGCUCCUUUGAGUUCAACGAGGCCUUCCUGGUGAAGCUUGUGCAGCACACCUACUCCUGUCUAUUCGGCACCUUCCUGUGUAACAGCGGCAAGGAGAGGGAGGACCGCCAUGUUCAAGAGAGGACCUGCUCUGUGUGGUCGCUGCUGAGACCGGCCAACCGCACCCUGAAGAACAUGCUGUACUCCACACACUCCGAGACCGUUCUCCACCCAGUGUGUCACGUACGCAACCUGAUGCUGUGGACAGCAGUCUACCUGCCCAGCUCCUCUCCAACAACCCCCUCAGAUGACUCCUGUGCACCCUACCCUGUGCCUGGUUGCAAUCCGGAGGACACGCCCCUGGCCAGAUGCACAAAGACUCGCUCCUUUGACAACUUGCCAAGCGCAUGUGAGCUGGGGAGCUCUCUAGCUCCCAACCGCCGCUCCAGUGACCCGAGCCUCAAUGAGAAAUGGCAGGACCACCGACGCUCUCUAGAGCUCAACAUGGCGGUGGGGCCGGAUGGAGGGGGGAACCAAGAUCAGGAGGUCCUGCCUAACGGAGUGGGGCCUUGCCUGGAGGGAGGGGACUCUGAGCUGGAUGAAAGUCCUCAGCCUAGGGUCACACAUCCGGAGCUCGUACGCAAAGCCUCUGGGAAUCCAGCCGACAACGUAGAGGAAGCCGAGGAGGCAGAGCUUUCUGUAGUGGUGGGUGUGGCUGAGGGUCAGAUGGAGAACAUCCUCCAGGAAGCUACUAAGGAGGAUGCUGGAGCAGAUGUUCAGACAGAGGAAAGUACUGUUUCCACGUAUGUUGCUAACACUGAUGACACAGAGUUGGGUAAAGAAGCACAAGCUGAGGAGGAUGAAAUGCACGCUAAGGUCAAUGGCACUGAGAUACAGACAGAAGCAUUUGCAAAUGGACACCAUCCAGAAAAUGGUUUGGUGGAGGCGGAAGAGAAUGCGUCUUCCCCUCUACCUGCACAGGAAGCAGAGGAGCUGGAUCAACAAGCUGCUGAGGUCCCUCAGACUGCAGGAGAUCUGGUGGAGCAGGUUACAGAGGACUCUUCUGUACAAGAGGAUCUCUUAGAUGCACCCACUGAGUCCUGCUCAGGUGAGCCAGAUCAGCAUGCAGCCCAUAGAACUUUAACUAAUGGCUAUUUGGACAGGUCACCUGAAGAGCACGGUGUGGAUGAGCCCCGCCCUGACUCUGAGUCCGACCAGGAAAACAACGAGCAGGUGGAGCAGGUAGAUAAGAGAGCCUCUCUGAUGGAAAGCUCCACAGAGACUUUAACUGAAGAGGCCUGCAGCAGGUUGGAGCCGCCAGCACAUUCCCCUGUUUGUCCCAGUCGUCAGCCCUGCAGUGAAGGCAGGAGCCAUCCUCCCGGCACGAGGAAAGAGAAAGGACUGGAGACAGGAGAGCAUGGCUUUUUCAGAACUUUAAACGGGGGCGGCAAGCGUCCCUCUGUCAGUGCCUUUCAGUCUUUCAGCGGUGACCUCAGCAGGGAUGGGCUUCAUAACGGAGACAACUCAGAGGGGGACCCCUGCACAGGACUUCACUGGGCUAAAGGAAACGGGGAGAGGGCCCCUCUCAGUCGACAGGUGUCCUUAGCAAGCUGCAACUCCCUGAUCCUCCAUCCCAGAGGCAGCUGCUCGCAGCACCGCUGGUGCCACGCCCUGCUUGGCCGGGCAGCGAUCAGCCCAGAGCAGCCGUCCCGCAGCCAUCUUGAUGAUGAUGGACUAACGCUUCACACAGACGCCAUCCAGCAGAGACUGAGGCAGAUCGAGGCAGGACAUCAGAUGGAGGUUGAGACUCUGAAGAAACAGGUACAGGAGCUGUGGUGCCGCCUGGAGAAUCAGCAGCACCCUGGCUCCCACAGGAUCAACGGAGACAUGGGAGAUGAAGUGACCUCAAUGACAGACUCUGAGUACAACAUGGACCCCAACUGUUUGUCACGCUGUAGCACGGAGUUCUUCUCUGAGGCCAGCUGGGAGCAGGUGGACAAGCAGGACACUGAGGUGACGCGUUGGUACCCAGACCAUUUGGCAGCCCAGUGUUAUGGCUGUGAGAGUAGGUUCUGGCUUGCCACCAGGAAGCAUCACUGCAGGAACUGUGGUAAUGUGUUCUGUGCCAGCUGUUGCGACCAGAAGAUCCCAGUGCCAAGCCAGCAGCUGUUUGAGCCCAGCCGCGUCUGUAAGACCUGCUACGGCAAUCUCCAGCUCAGCCCGGCCCCCCUGGACCUGGAGCUGGAGAAACCCAUCACUGCCAGCUCCAACUGAGUUUAAGAGGACUGGAAAAGGAGGAGAGCUAGGCUGAGCCGCCAGCCACUGACAAAGGCGCACUGCUGAAGACGAGCACAGGAGCUACACAGAAUGUCCCAUGUACUUUAUGUGUGUGUGUGUGUGUGCUGCAGAUGUGGAGUUUAAUGUGUAUAUACAGAGGAUCUGUUGGCUGAACAGCUGAAUGGUGUCACAGCGUGAUGCAGAGCGCUCUGAACAGUGGGUGUGUAUAGGGGUUGUGUGUGUGUGUGAGAUGGUGUAAAAAGAAAACACACUCAUCUCACAAAGGGUUAUUUGCAAUGACCGGUCUGCACUCAGAGGCCAGAGGAGUGAGAGUGGACAUCCUGGUGCCUUGGACCAGGCAGGCAGAGGAGGUGGUCUCACUGUGUCGCUGAAGUCUCUUGGAGGGCUUCGGUACAAUCAAUCAUUACUUUGCUUUUCUUCAGACUUGUUUGUAUCCUCGUCUCUCUCUGCUUGGAGGCCGUCUGAUCUCUGGAGGAUCAUGAUCAGUAACAUGAGAAGGUCCUGCCAGCACUCGUUUGACAGUCCCACAAAUAUCCAGCUAGCUGACGCUCGCUAAUAUUGUUCAGAGAGCGUUUCCAAGGGUCAGUUCAUCCAACAUCUUCAGCUUUCUCUUGUGGUAUCACUUGAGUUAAACUGAGGCUGUGCUUUAAGACUGUUCAUAAUCAAUAAAUCAGCAUUUUUUUUAAAUUACAUUUUGUUUUUGAAUAUAAAAAAUUGUGGAUUUUUUGGGCUUUUUUAAACUCCAAGAGUAGAAUUUUAAAUAGUUACAAAACUCAAGAAAUGAGUUUAACAAUGAAUUAAAAAGCUGCAUUUUUAUAUUUGAGAGGAGGCUGACACCAGAAUAAUGUAGUGAAAAUCUUGAAUUGUUUGAAUCUGGCUUAUAUGCUUUAACUUGGCUAUUUGGUAAUCAAAUAAUCCAAAAGAGAAACCAGUUUCAUCACACUUCCACACAGCUUGUGACUUUUUUAAAAAUGACAGAUUGAAACAUUAUUUGUAUCCUCACAUUAAGACCUUACUUUGGGUUGAGCUUCAAAAAUCCUGGGAAAAUAAAAUUUUCCUAUAAUACAACUCAAAUAGUUUUUUAGUCAUAACCAAGCUUCUUUUUUUGAGAAUUUAUUUUCAAAGCUCAGUUUCUGUUACAUAACAUUAUCAUGUUAUUGUUUUAGUCUAGUCCUCAAGUCCCAAAUCAACGAAGGGCUCCUUAAAACUGUGAUAGUCUCAUCUCUUUCUAUGGACACUGAUCCCUUUGUUUAUCCACAGUUGUGUUCUUUUGGUUGAACUGAUCCUUUAACAUGCCUGAGCUGAGUCUCAACUCAUAAAGCAAGUUUGCCUGGAGGGAUUUUUUUAAAGCUACACCUAAUGAAAUGUGUGUACGUCUUCUCUCUCUCUUUCUCUCAAGCAGUUUUGUCUCCAUCAGAUCUUGAGCUUGUGUUGAGAUUCAGCCCAGCGUUCAGAGAGUGCUGGAUUCAUGGACACAGAGGAUUUUUGGGAUUUGAACGACCCGUGGUUUCUCUUCCACACUCGCUCAGUAAACUUGCCCACAAUUAGGAGAGGAUCCUCUUUUCCUUUCAAGGUGAAUAACCGCUGAGAGUCUUGCACCAGGAAAAGUUGAUCUACUUUCAGCUUUCAGUGUGACCUCUGAACAGCUGAUGGCCGCUCGGCUGUGCUGCAGACAGUCCGCUGGAAGGUUACACUGAUGUGUUGUGGCGUUGUCGGUUUGUGUCAGACAGCAGAUGAGCUUAAGAUUGUUUGUUUUCCUGACACGGACUGACUGAUUGAGUGUGUAAUCUCUCCUCUCAGCCACACCUCCAUGCCCUUCUCUCUCUCCACGUCUCCUCUUUGUUGUGUUUACCCAGCGGGCACUGGGAACUGUUGUAUUUCAGUCCUGUGGACACCACAAGUGAACUACACACUCUGAGACUUCCACAUUACUGGAUGUUUCUUUUUUUUUUUAUCUGAAAGUGAUGUAUGACCUCACUUGUGAUCUCCACUUUGAUUGGCUGAAAAAUUGAGGAGAGCAGUGUCACGAGAAAUCUGUCCGAGAAGCUUCACAGAGACGCCCCACUCCGCCUAACACCCAUUCAAUGACCUCCGAGCACACACAAACACAUUUUUGUAAAAUAAAUGAAUGAAAUAAUAUAUUCAGAUACCUAUAUAGCAUUUAAGACAAAUGUAUUGAAUCCUUGAAUAGUGGCUCACUUAAUUAGUCACCAAAAAGCUUUUUUUCCACUUUGUUUUCUUUUGUUAUUAAUGGCAGAAAGAAACAUAUAUUUUGCGACCUGUUGAAGACGACAGGAGUGUUUUUUUAGAAAAGUAGGGUGUCCUGUUUUAAUGCUGCAGUUCUUUUCCCUUUCAAAUGCGAUUAUUAAUUUAAUUUAUUGAGGUUUUGUUGGAUUGAUGUUCUUCCUCCAGACAAUUCAAACGCCGCAGGAUAAUCAGUGUUUAUAUGAGGGGACAUGAGCAAUUGUUCUGAUCUUUGGCUUCACUGUCACUCAUCGCUUCUCUUUGGUAUCAGCUGAUCACAAUGGGGACGGCGAUACUCGGAGCCGAGAGUGGUCCAACAUUAAAGAAAAUCUCCCUUCAACACACACACACACUCAAACACACACACACACUUACAUUACUCCAUUCAAAUCCAUCUCCAAACAAACACUACCUCUACAUGUUAAUGUGCACGCACACUUCCACACUGAACUUGGUUGUUCUUCAGAUUCACAUCACGGAGAUGAAUGGUUUCUGUGGUCAUUAAAAACUCUGUCGGUCAGCCGGAGAGUGAAAGAAAGUUUGAUUUCUUUCUGACUGCCAGACUUCUGUUCCUCAUCAUCCUGCGCGUCGUGUCAGUGGACUGCCCACAUGUGUGUGUCACUCACGAUGACAAAACCUUGACUAUCAGAAAAAAAAUGCAUAAAGAUGAGCGUGUAAUUUUCAACAUGAUACUUUUAAUCAAACCGAUGCUGUAUCCCUGUAACCUAGUGUUCCUGACAUCAUCUGCUGAAUUGAAUGUGGUGCUAGAAUCAGAUGAUUGAAGUGUGUAGUGGUGCCGCUGUUUUCACAGAGGUCAGAACAACAAGCAUAGUUUGUUUGGCUCACUGCCCUCCCUCCUGCAAAAGUGCUGAUUUCUUUCUUUUUUAUGUAACAGGGGCGCUUUCACUCGUGCAAAUACAUAAUUAGGACUUGUCUGCCCUUGAUAAAAGAGGCGCUGUAAUUUAGUUUAUUUAAUAAUGAUGAAAAAACAUUUGUGUCACAAUGCUGCAACAAGAGAGGCAUUAACAGCCCUGUUUGGUUUGGUGCCAUGACAGCGUCAUUUAUUGAUCUGCAGUCAGAACCUUGACCUCAGACUGAUGCCGUCAUACGUCAGAUUAUGCUAAUGAAGAUCUGGCCUGUUAUUCUAAUUCAGUGAUGAAAUGAACAGGUUUAUGUUCUCAGGUCUUGAACGCUAAAGAAUUAUUUUGAAUCUGACGUCAAAUGAUCCUAAAUGUCAACAAACAAGUUAAUGGAGUUAAUUUGCUUUCCUUUUUUCAGUCUGAGGCCAAAGCUCCUUCACUCUUCCCACUGAAACACUGACACCAAGCAUGAAUUCUUACUCUGUAUUUCCACCUUUCGAGGCAUGCAGGCCACAAAGCGUGUCUUGUUAAAAAAUCCAUUAAUGUGAAUGAUCUAAAAAAAAAAGAAAAACAGGCAAAUUUUGCACAUGACAUGAAGUAGACACUGCCACAGAGUGCAUCAAAGUAAAAACUGAAAGUGUGUUUUCAGUGUUGUACCCAGCGUGAUGGUUGCUGGUCGUUUGUGUGGGGGGGUUGGCCGACACCGCGAACAGGUCAUCAUUUAACACACGUUGCCAGGAUGAUCCCUUGCUUUGCUUUUUUUUGCCCCCUCCCCCCAAAAAAGUUCUCUCUGUCUACAUUUGUUGUAUUUCUCUUCACUCCCGCUCAUUUGCUAUUAGAGGCGUCAAUGCAGCGGCCCAGUAAUCACUUGACGUGAGCGUGCGCGCGUGAAUGCACCAACCAUUUGUGUGACUGUGUGUCUUGAGUGUGUGUGAAUGUGUCUCUUUUGGUGGAGACUGGUGCCAAGCAGAUUUAUUACGGGUCUCUCACAAAAGGGAUCACUCUUGCUUUUUGUUUGAUUUUCUUCCUUUUUUUUCUCCCUUCUGUUUGAUAAGCACUUUGAACCCUCUAAUGUCUGUCAGAGGAGUGUGUAGCUGUACAUAGCAAUUUCCUGUAACAAUAAGUGCUCCUUGUUCAGUCUGAAUAUUUUGUUUUGUUGGAUUUACUUUAAAGAGCAUUACAUUGUUGUAGAAUUAAAUGAGAAAUAAACUAGAUAAACCUA